AUCCAAAUCUCAGAUCUCUUCUUUUCUUACUUCCUUUCCGUCUUCUCUUUAAUCUCUAGUCUCUUUAUUAAAGAAUUCGUUAAGAUUUUCUUGUCGCGACGAAAGUUGUGAUGCCUAAUGAUGAAUUUACGAUCAAAAUUCUCACGACGGUCGUCUGAUCCCUCCUGAUGUAUACUGAUCUAUAUUUUCUGAUGGCGCCACAAUAAUUUGUUUUUAUUUUCAUUUUUUUCUUUAGUGUUUGAUUCGUGUUUUAUAAAUAAUUGCGAUUAGAAACAUUUGAUUUGUAUCUCUAAAGAAUUUUCGUUUUAAACUUUGAUUCAUUUUUGUGCUGUAUCAAAAUUCUGAUGCGUUUCAUACUUUCUUCUAGCUGAUGAACUUCACUACUAAUCUUCGAUGUUUUACUUAUUGCUUGGCAUGGAUAAACUAGAUAAUAGAACUUUUGUAAUUGGAUAUUUUGUAUCAUUCACAUACAGAUUUUGGACAUUUGGGAUCUAAAUCCAUGUAAAAACAUAAACCGUUUGUUUCCGGAGCUGAACAUUUAAGUUUUUUUUGCUAAAUGUCUCAUUUGCGUUGUUCUUCUGUAUUACUAAUUAUUUCUAUUGGAAUUAUUUGAAUAUGAUUAAAUCAGAAAUAGAUUUAAAUGUAUUUACAUUCAAAUUAGAUUAGAUCAAAUAAUGAUGUUGAUGUGGGUUAUUUCGUGCUUAGAGGGUAGGGAAUCCUGUUUUUGAAGUGAGUAUUUGGGCUCUUCUCUGCUUUGCUUGUUUGUCUCUAUUUAGGAAUGAGAAUAUUUGCAUUCUCUACCACAACAACCUCCUUAUGUAAAACUUGGUUGUUUUAAAUGUUGUGAAGUCUAUUGUAAAUUUGUUCUUCUUCUAGAAGAAUUCUUUGAACUUGGCAUCUGUCUCUAACAGCUUGAAGAAGCAUGCCUCAUCCCACCACCCAAAAUACAAAAAAUUGGGGAAGAGAAGUUUUCCUUUCCUUGGUUUUAAGUAUAGUCAGCAUAAGGGAUGAUUCUGAUUAGAGGCUCGUUAGUGUCACGGCAGCUUGGUCCGGCAAUAAGCCUCUGUUGCAGCAUAUGCCAAAAAGCGUGGAGUCACGACCCCUCUUUGAUCGCUUUGAUCUUGCCUUUUAUUCAGCUAGGAUUUUCUAGUUUUUUUAGUUUAAUUGUCUGCGUAUGGAGGAGGAAGAGAUCUGAUCAGAUGGCAAGUUAAGAUUUAGUUCAGUGCUGUUACUGUUUUGUUGAGAGUCAAUUGAUUAAUUGAUGGCCUCCACUAAAUAGUAGCAGUUCUGAAUUUGAUCUUAAUUUGCCUCAACGAGAGUUUGAUCGGGCUUCUUCUUCUUCAGGAUGCAGAGGAUCAGAUUGGAAGGCGGGAGAAAAUGUUGAAAUUGAAGAUUGAAGUUCAUUCUUCCAUCGCUUGACCCGCUUGGUGCAAAGGUUGAAACUUGGUUGGGCAGAGAAAUGGGGGGAAUUUGCUCGGGAGGGACGACUAAGGAUAAGGGCCGCCAUGGGAGAGGCUCAAGUGUUUCGAAAAAGCUCGACCCCAUAGCAGCAUCUGGGCAGGAUAAGAAUGUAGGUUCAUAUGAAUAUCCCAGUCCUGGUGCUCCUAAGAAGAUGCAUGACCUAUACUUUUCUGGCGAAUUGCUCUCAAUUUCAGGAGAGUUGAAGACUAACAAGGCGGCGCCUCAAGCAAGUUCUUUUCUUGGGAAAGCCGGGACAGCAGGCCUUGAGAGGGCCGUGGAAGUUCUAGACAGCUUAGGAAGCAGUGUCACAAAUUUAAACAACAGCGGGUUUAUUUCUGGCACGGGGAGAUCAAGAGGGAAUAGAAUAUCCAUACUUGCAUUUGAGGUUGCUAAUACCAUCUCCAAAGGUGCUACCUUGUCUCAAUCUCUAUCCCAAGAAAGCAUUCGCCGUUUGAAAGAAGAGAUUCUACAUUUAAAGGCGGUGCAAGAGUUGGUCUCUACUGAUACACAAGAGUUGCUCACCAUAGCCGCGGCUGACAAAAGGGAGGAAUUUGAUGUCUUUUCGCGGGAAGUAGUGAGAUUCGGAAAUAUGUGCAAGGAUCCACAAUGGCACCACCUGGACCGCUAUUUUUCAAAGUUGGAUUCUGACCCGGUAAACAAUAAGAAACUCAUGGAGGAGGAUGAAAUGACUUUGCAAGAGUUGGCCACACUCGCACAGUAUACUUCAGAACUGUAUCAUGAGUUACAUGCUCUGGACAGAUUCGAACAGGAUUACAGGAGGCAAAUCGAUGAAUUAGUGUCUUCAAACCUUCCUCGUAAAGGAGACAGUCUUGAGAUGUUGCACAGUGAGCUAAAAAAACAAAGGAAAACUGUGAGGAGCUUGAAAAAGAAAUCCAUCUGGUCCAAAGUUCUGGAAGAGGUUGUGGAGAAGCUUGUUGAUAUCGUUGCCUCUCUUCAUCACAAAUUUAUAAAUGCAUUUGGAGAUAGUGGAUUAACCUAUGUGUGCAACAAGAAUUCAAAUGGAGUAGAAAGAUUAGGACCAACUGGUCUUUCCUUACACUAUGCUAACCUCAUCACUAAAAUCGAUAACCUUGCUGCAUGCCCCACUUCCCUCCCCCCAAACACAAGGGAUGCAUUGUACAAAGGGUUGCCUUCAACCGUGAAGGCAUCACUUCGAUCUCAACUACAGUCACAAGCUGAUACCAAGGAAGAGCUAACAGUCCCUCAGAUCAGGUCUGAAAUGGAGAAAAUUCUUAUUUGGCUUCUUCCAGCAGCUAUUGAUACUACAAAAUCACAUCAAGGUUUUGGAUGGGUUGGAGAGUGGGCCAACACCGGAAACGAAUGCGGGAGAAAAGAGGAUAUGCAGAGAACCAACCUCACCAGGCUGCAGACACUUUAUCAUGCAGAGAAACACAAAAUGGACUCAUACAUCCUUGAGCUGGUGAUGUGGCUUCACCGGCUCAUCUGCCUCAUGAGAUUUAACGGGCCCACCAGGGGUUUGGCGACAGGGAGAUCAUCAACUGAUAAAAGACAUGUUCCGGGUACUGAAACACACCAUGACAGUAAGCCAAAGGUACAAGUUCGCGACGAAGAAGACAAGACAUUGUUGAAAGGAGUGAUGGAAAACAGAAAGCUUGUCGUUCCCGCCGGGUUGAGCAAAAGCCAAGAGCUAGUCAAAGCAUCAUCCAACAAUGGGGGAAAUGAUGAGAAGGUUAGGGGGCAUAGUAGGAGCACUGGAAGCUCACCUUGUAAGUUAGAAACUCCAAAGGAUAAUGCCUUGGAUAUUUUAGUCUUUUAGAUGGUUUAGGAUAGGUAAUUGUGUUUUAUUUUUCUGUUUUUUAACAGACAAGUAUAUAUAAACAAGUAUGUGUAAAGAGUUCAUUCUAUUUUUUUAUGUGUAUAGAUUUAAUUCCAUUUCUCUAUCCAUUUCAUCCUAAAACUUGUAAAGGGGGCAAGAGAACAAUCAAUUAAUUAGUCCAUC